AUGUCUACUGUGAAUGAUACACCCUUCUGUGAGUCACAGGAAGAAGUAAUGAAGAAAAUUAAGAAUGACACGCAAAUUCAUGAAGCGUUCCAUAUUUUUUUUUUCCUUCUCCUGGUGUAUGUGACAACUCUGCUGGGAAACCUUCUCAUCAUGGUCACAGUGACCUGUGAGUCUCGCCUUCACACCCCCAUGUAUUUCUUGCUCAGGAAUUUGUCUGUUGCUGAUAUCUGCUUUUCCUCCAUCACUGCCCCCAAGGUUUUGGUGGACCUUCUCUCAGACAGAAAGACCAUCUCUUUCAAUGGAUGUCUCACUCAGAUGUUCUUCUUCCACCUUAUUGGGGGAGUGGAUGUGUUUUCUCUGUCUGUGAUGGCUCUAGAUAGAUAUGUGGCCAUCUCUAAGCCCUUGCACUAUGUGACCAUCAUGAGCAGAGGCUGUUGCAUUUUGUUAAUAGUGGUCUCCUGGGUGGGGGGCUUUGCCCACUCCAUAGUACAGAUUUCUCUCUUGCUGACACUUCCAUUCUGUGGACACAAUGUUCUUGACACUUUCUACUGUGAUGUCCCCCAGGUCAUCAAACUUGCCUGCACAGACAUCUUUGUUCUUGAGCUGCUGAUGAUUUCCAAUAAUGGCCUGGUUGCUACUCUGUGGUUUGUGUUGUUGGUGGCAUCAUAUACAGUCAUUCUAAUGAUGCUUAGGUCUCAUUCAGGAGAGGGCAGGAAGAAAGUCAUCUCCACCUGCACCUCCCACAUCACCGUGGUCACCUUGCAUUUUGUCCCUUGCAUCUAUGUCUAUGCCAGGCCCUUCACUGCCCUCCCCACAGAUAAAGCCAUCUCUGUCACCUUCACAGUCAUCUCUCCUCUGCUAAACACCUUGAUCUAUACUCUGAGGAACCAGGAAAUGAAGUCAGCCAUGAGGAGACUUAGAAAAAGACUUGAACCUUCUGAUAGAGAAUAG